AUGCUGGGCCCUCACUUUCCACCCUCGCCCCUUGGGCCCAGCAAAGGGACACCUUCCUCCUGCAGCUUCCAGAUCCCUGAUGGGAGCUACAGGUGUCUGGCCCUGGAGGCAGAGGAGAGCGGCAGCGAGGGGGGCCUGCAAGGAGAAGUGGGGCUCACGGACCUGGAAGAGGAAGAGGUGGCCUGCAGAGCCAUACAAGGAGUGCAACAGCUGCCCAGAGUCCCGGGCACUCGGCCACCCAGCUGCUUCAGUGAAGCACAAGAGGGGACCCCACGUGAUAACAGGGCCAGCCAAGAGUGGGAUGUGGCGACAGCUCGGCGGGUGAUGAUACCCAGCCCCAGUGCUGGCCCUGAGCUCAGGGUGGGCCAGAAGCCAGCCUUGGGCCGGAGCCCCAGCCUCACUGAAAAGGACCUGAAGGAGGCCAAGGCGCGGAGCCAGCAGAUCGCAGCCCAGCUGACCACCCCUCCCAGCUCCAGCUCGAGGGGCGUCCAGCUCUUCAACCGGCGCCGGCAGAGGGUGAACGAGUUCACCUGGGAGAGCCACGGUCAGAGGGGUCCAAAGCCCAGCCAGGAGUCCCUCAGGGUGCCCCCUGUGAGCCCCCCAGGCCAUGCACCAGGGCUCCACCUGAGUUCACCUGCGCCAUCCAAGCCAGGCCCUCCAAGGCACUCCAGUCCCCAGAGCCCCAGGCGAGGGCUCCCUGGCUGCAGCAUGGAGGGGUACUCCGACGAGGCCAGCUUGCUGCGGCAUCUGGAGGGGUCCAGUGAGGAGGAAGAGGUGCCUCUGGUGGUCUAUUUAAAGGAGAAUGCAGCCCUGCUUACAGCCAAUGGGCUCCACCUGUCUCAGAACCGAGAGGCCCAGGAAUCCCCAGCAACCCCUCCUUCAGCUGAGAUCCACAGUCCCCCUGCAGAUGUGAACGAGAACCUGUCCUCACCCAGCACCACACUCGCCACACCAGCUUCUAACAGCAGCUGCAACCCACCAGCCACAGACAUCAAUCAGAACAUCCCCGUAUCUGCCAGCACACAGAGCACAGUGCUUUCUGGGGUCCAGCAGAAUUCUCCCACGGCACAGCACACAGCAAAUGGCACAACACCGGAGUCUGGAUCCAGCAUCCUGUGUGCUGAUGGGCCAUCGCAGACGCCAGUGGAGGAGGUGAUGUCCAGUGUACUCCUAAUUGAUAAGGUAUCGACUCCAGCCACUACCACCAGCACCUUCUGCAGAGAAGCUGCUCCCGUUGCCUGCUCCGAGCCUCUGGGUCCAGAUUUCACGUCCAGCUCCUUGCUCAUCGACGCCCAACCCAGCACCCUAGUGAUGUCAGCAGAGCCUGAGAUGUCUGGGCAGGCACCUGCCACCACGCCCACCAAGAUGUACAGUGAGCUCCACUUCACACUGGCCAAGCCUCUGUCAGUGAUCAACAGGACGGCCAGGCCUUUUGGGAUCCAGGCGGCAGGGAGCACCAGCCAGGUGGAGCGGAGUCCCAUGGUGGAGAGGCGAUACCUUGGGGAGAAAGCCCCGGCUCCCCAGCCCCCCACCAUGGUAGACAGGAGUCCCCGGCCUCAGAGACAUGUGAUAUCCCACAGCCCUAUGGUGGAGAGGAGGCUGGUGGGGCAGCGAAGCCCAGCCCUGGAGAGACGGCCCUUGGGAAACUUUACCCCACCCCCCACCUAUGCAGAGACCUUGUCCACGACGCCCCUGGCUUCCCGGGUUCGGUCUCCCCCUUCUUACUCUGCCCUGUACCCCAGCUCUGACACCAAGCCUUCUCAUCUGAAGGGCCAGGUAGUUCCCACCAGCAAGACAGGCAUUUUAGAGGAGUCCAUGGCCCGCCGGGGCAGCCGGAAAUCCAUGUUCACCUUUGUGGAGAAGCCCAAGGUGACCCCAAACCCAGACCUGCUGGACCUGGUACAGACGGCUGAUGAGAAGCGGAGGCAGAGGGACCAGGCGGACAUGGGUGCAGAGGAGGAGCCCUUUGCACUGGGGGCAGAGGCCUCCAACUUCCAGCAGGAGUCAGGCUCUCGGGACAGGAGUGGCCCCGGGGUGGCUGAGGACACGGUUCCCGAGUGGGCCUCCUGCCUCAAAUCACCUCGAAUCCAGGCCAAGCCAAAGCCCAAACCCAAUCAGAACCUCUCUGAGGCCUCCGGAAAGGGAGCCGAGCUCUAUGCCCGACGCCAGUCACGGAUGGAGAAAUAUGUCAUCGAGUCUGCAGGCCACGCAGAGCUGGCCCGCUGCCCUUCACCCACCAUGUCUCUGCCUUCCUCCUGGAAAUACUCCACCAGUGCUCCCGGGGCCUUCCGCGUGGCAUCCCUAAGCCCUGCUCGGACCCCACCUGCCUCCCUGUACCACGGCUACCUGCCUGAGAACGGCGUCCUGCGCCCCGAGCCCACGAAGCAGCAGCCAUACCAGAUGCGGCCCUCACUCUUUGUCCUCUCGCCCAUCAAGGAGCCCAGCAAGACCUCAGCCAGAGCGCCCCGAGCAGCCUCGUCCCGAGUGGCCUCAGCCCGAGUGGCCUCCCCACGAGCCGCCUCCCCUGCCAAGCCUAGCUCCCUGGACCUGGUGCCCAACCUGCCCAAGGCCGGGCUCCCGCCAUCUCCUGCCCUGCCCCGGCCCUCCCGCUCCUCGCCCGGCCUCUACACCUCGCCAGGCCAGGACGGCCUCCAGCCCACUACCGUGAGCCCCACCUAUAGCAGUGACGUCUCCCCGGUGUCUCCCUCCAGGGCAUGGUCUCCUCGAGCCAAGCAGGCCCCCAGGCCCUCCUUCUCUACCCGGAACGCGGGGAUUGAGGCUCAGGACCGCCCGGAGAGCCUACCCACCUCCCCGCCCUGGACGCCCGCCGUGUCUCGGCCCCCCAGCAGCCUAGACGGCUGGGUGAGCCCGGGGCCGUGGGAGCCGGGGCGUGGGAGCAACAUGAGCAGCCCCCCGCCACUGCCGCCGCCGCCGCCUAUGUCCCCCUCUUGGAGCGAGCGCUCCGUGUCGCCGCUACGACCCGAGAUCGAGGUGCGUCCCCCCAGCCGUCAGCUGCAGGCGCUCCUGGCGCGGAACAUCAUCAACGCGGCCCGGCGCAAGAGCGCCUCCCCGCGGCCGGCGGGCGCCGAGAGUCUACGGCCCUUCUCCCCGCCAGGGGCGCCGCCGCCGCCGCCACCACCGCGCAUGCGCUCGCCGCAGCCCGUGCACCCCGGGCCGGGCGCGUCCCGCGUGGCGGCGUCCGGGCCGGCGCAGCGCACGUCGCAGCAGGCAGCGCCCGCGUCCUACGUCGGGCCCCGCAGCCCGCUUCCUGCGCCACCUAGGCCUCUGCCCUACCGCCGCUCGCCCACGGACUCCGACGUGUCCCUGGACUCCGAAGACUCCGGGGUCAAGUCGCCUGGCAUCCUUGGCUACAACAUCUGUCCCCGCGGGUGGAGCGGCAGCCUGCGUCUCAAGCGUGGCAGCCUCCCCACCGAGGCCUCGUGCACCUCCUAAAGCCGCCACCCCACCAGCACGGCCGAUCCAAAGGAUGAGGCCCCAGGCUUUGGGGAUCCAGCCUUUGUCACCUAGGGGUGUGACCUCUCUAGAUAGCGUCAGACAUAAGAGGCCAAAGAAGGGGAGCUCUGGGCUUGGGAAGGAGUAGGACCCCGAGCUUGAGUUCUAGCCCGUGCUUUACUUUCCUUGUGGGACUGUGGCAGGACUCUGCCUCCACGGGACCCGCGGCUUUCGCAUCCUUUUAAUGUGGCCUUGGACAAUGCUGUCUGCAAGCGUGUAAAUCUUGCCACCAGCACACACACUCGUGCCUUAAAGGAGGCAGCCGUGCAUACAGCCCCUUGGGGUGCUGCGUCCCGUGUUCCAUAACCUCUCCUUCCUGCUCUGCACUCCGGAUUCUGGCAAAUGAGCAGUCAGUAUUUAAGCCAUGUCCCGUGUCCAGUCCCUGGCUUGACUCUCCUGCUCCCUGGCACCCAGUCCUAGGCAGGAGCAGCUGUUUUCCAUCCCUUCUCAGAGAAGAUCUAUUUUUACCCAGUGACCUUUAGAGAGAUUCCCCAGGCCAGUUCAAGGUGCCUUGCUGGCCACCAUGGAAAGAAGGGGCAGGAAGGUUGUCCCCAGGCCCUGUCAUGCUGCCUUUGCUGCCUUUCCUACCCGAGCUCAUCCCGUAAAGCAGUGAUUUUCCCCGGGCUUAGAUUUGGGUCUUCAACAAAUCGGUCCCUUCUGGGCCCAUUCAUGACAUGCUCUAGGUUCAAAGCUGAGGGAAGGAAGAAGAGAUACUGAACUCACUCCCUGUGGCCUUGCCUGCUUGGCCUCAGUGAGGCGUUGCCUAUUUGGAAAGAGGGAGGCAAAGCAUUCCUUGUUAGAGACAGUAUGCAAGCCAUGGCCAGGAUGCAUAUUAGAGUCCAGCAGGGAUGCCGUUGGCCGAGAUGAUCACUGAGGGCUUUUCCAGUGCUGAAAUGUGCUCCGUGGUAUUAGGAAGUGGGGAAGAAUGGUGGUGAAGAGUCUGGUAGGCUUGAAUUCAGGGGCCCAUGACCUUGCCUGGGGAGCUAAGGGUUAGGCUGGACUCUGCCCGUUUCUGGGAAGCACCCUUCUCUUUAGUUUCAGUCUCCAGCCCAGUGUCCAUAUCACACUCAGAAGAACAGACAUUGGCCCAUCCAUCUCUUUCCCAUCAACAUGCUGGUCUAACACAUGCCUGGUACCCAGUGAUGUUGGGAAGUCUGGCUGCAGGCCCUAGCCUGUUCCUUCCACCUUAGUGGCUAUUUCUGAUUCCCAGCGGAGGACCUGGGAAGUAAAGUAGAGUUCUGUAAUCUCCAGCGUUGGCUAGUGCUGUCCACUAGAAGUUCAGAAUAUCACUUUCAGAAUACUUGGAAGGGGUGAGAGUGGUGGGUGGCUGGAAUUGGCUAUGGAUCAAUGUGUGUGGAAGAAAGAAUAUCAGCAUGUUACUAAAGGUAAGCGACAGAGUGUGAUUUUGGGUUAGGAGUAGACUUCUCCAAUCACCAGGGUGAUUUUAGACCUGGAACCCCUGAGUAAGGCUAGGGAAAACUUGGAUCAGGAUGGAAGAGCAUCAGGGUUCGGAGGGGCACUUUGGAAUAAAAGAAUAAUCCUAGAGGUUUCCUAUGUUCUAAGAGUUAGGGACGAGGCCCCCUUGCUGAGAAGGCGAGAGGGUGCUGCUGCUUAGUUGAUAAGGAGCAAUCACAUUUAUCAAGGUCCCCACAAGGGUCUCUUGUAGCAUGAGAGGCAGGGGUUAGAGUGCAUCAGAGAAGGGACUCUGUCAGGCCUGGCUGACAUAGUAGUUUAGAGCCAUAUCCUCCUGCAUUUCCCCAAAGGACCAGCAGGAGGCAGCCUUGAGAACCGACUGCUCUGUUUUGAGUCAUUCUCUCAUAGGAACUGCCUGUCUCCUGCCCUCUUGUCUAACACACUAGAGGUUGCAUGUGUCCUGCCUCUGCCUCCUAUAGAAUUCAGCUCAAUAAAUGCUUUCUGAAAUCUG